GGAGGCAGCAGCACCACUCUGUAACCGAGGGGCGCUGUACGAGGAAAAAGGCAGAGGCAGCUCAAGGGGGCGAGAGCCAACUCUUGAGCUCUUGGCCCCAGAGACGAGCUUGGAAACUCAGACGUGCCUCGAUCGUGCCAUGCCAUGUUCGGAGGAUCGCGCGCGGGGCUCUCCUUUUCCUUCUACGCGCGCGCUGCGCUGGCACACCGAGCCAAAGUCACGGUGCCACACCAUGCAGAAGGAGCCAGGUUCGGGGAGAAAGAGGGGGACGGGGGGAGGAAGGGAAGGGGUGAGGGCGAGUGAACUGGCGAAGUGACGGUCCCUUCAACACCGAAAAAGUCCUGGUGCGCAGCGCGCGGCAGAAGUGCGGCGUGAGUAAAAAACACUGCUCGGCUAUGGAAGCAGAGAGACUACACCGAUGUUCAAAUGGCAAUUGGCAAUCGGCAGACAUCUUGCGAAUCAGUAGGACUGGCAGUCAACUGCCGCCGUCCGCCUAACAACGUAGCUCUUCGCCAUCGGGUGAAACAAGCUCAGCAGGGAUGAUGAGGCCGAGGAGAAGUCUGCGAAGCACGACCGAAGGGACACAAGCGGCAGGUGAGGUCUCGGCGAGCGCGCGCAGUGGCUGCCAGUUUGCCGGCGCCGUCGGAGCUGUUCGCAGCAGGCAAGGGCUGGUCGAAUGUGACAAGGCGCGCGCCCACCUGGCGGUUCGCGCCGUGCCGUCAGUCAGUGCGCGGCGCUGUUGCAUCGCAGAGCGCUGGGCGCUGGAGCGCCACGUGGCGCAUGGCGCUGUCUUCAGUGGCCCGCUCCCCCCCCUCCUCAGGCGCCCGUCACCUGCAGCGGCAUCGCGGG